GCCGCCGCUGCUGCAGCACCGGUGUUACGUGACCGGCUGCUGCCCGCCCGGGAGCACGUCACGUACCGGUGGGUGUUCGCCGCGACCCGCAGCGCGGUCCGGAGGCAGCGUGUGGAGCAGUACAUGCUGACCGAGAGCUGGAGCCGUUCGUCCCGGUGUCCUGGAGAGUACGAGGCGAGUUUAAACCACACAGGUUCCUUCUGGGUCCGCGGCUUCAAAAGCACAUGGCGUCCUGACCUACCCAGAAUGCCCUGCGUGAACUGCUCGAGCAACUACGGCAGCCCAUAAGGGACACGCGAAUAAAUAUAUAGUUAAAUAAAUAUGAGCGCGCAUAAGAAUAAUAUAUUAGUUACAGUUAUUAAGCCAAAUGACACAGUUUAAUGAUUUGAAGUAAAGUUACUUUUUUGACUUUAAACACAGGAAACUGGUCCAGUAGAGUCCAGUAGAGUUAUAUUUGUUUAUAUUUAUUUCAAUAAAUAUUAGCAAAUUUAAAAACAGUAAACUCUAAAUAGUGUUUUAGAGAGAAUAGAUCAUCGUUCAUUAUUAAAAUCAAAUUAAAAGAAGGAAAUAUGAAUACGCCGACAUAAAUAAUAAGAUACAAAUAUAUAUCAAUAAAAGCACAGAUUGAGAAAAUAAUAUAAAGAAGCCGAUACUGAAUUCUAUAUAUUUUACUGCGAAGCCGAUGCGGAGAAACAAGUGCAGGUGAGAUGCUGUCUCUCUUCCUGGUACUGGUUGAAAGAGUGGUCAGUUACGUCUUCAUGAUGACAAUAAGGACAAAAGAGAUGGAUCAUUUAAAGAUAUAAUAAACAAUAGUUGCUACAUAAUAUUCAGACACAAAUGUAUUGAGUGAAUUGAACUGAUCUGUGUGUCUCUGUUCUUUUCUGGACCCUGAAGAGGAGCCCAGAUCAAAUCCUCUUAACCAGGUAAUCUCUGCCACCAUCUGCUGUCAGUCAUCGGCCACAUCCAGCCACCACCGUUAUGCCAUUUCCCAGCUAAUUUCUGUCAACCAGCACCAGUGAAGAUCAUGCUGCUGUCUCCUCAGGCAGAGAGGAACUGGGAGGGCCUGUGUUCAAUGCUUGAAGAUGUGUUGGAGGACCAGUCCCACAGGCAGCUGUUUGCCUUAGAGCUGGGCUCUGGAACCGGGCAGCAUGUGAUACGCUUUGCCCAGAAGAUGCCCUUUGUCACCUGGCAGCCAUCGGACAUUAAGGAGGAGUCUCGAGACAGUAUCAAGGCCUACAUUGCUGCGACCCAUGCCAAGACCAUUCUGCAGCCUGUCCACCUAGACGCCAGCGAACCGUGGGAGAAAUGGGCCGGCGUUCCCCGCAGCUCCUGUGACGUUGUUAUUGCCAUUAACUUGCUGCAGUACAGCUCCUUCAAAACAGCACAGGGUGUUUUUAGUGGAGCCGGUCAGAUCCUCAAACUAAAUGGCCUUCUGAUAACUUAUGGGGCAUAUGCUAUUAAUGGCACCAUCACACCGAGCUGUAACGAAUAUCUGGAUGAGGAGAUUCGAAAAAUGAACCCAGAGUGGGGUCUUCCAGACAUGGAUGUACUGAGACAGCUGGCCUAUGGGAACGGGAUGCGUAUGGAGAGGAUUAUCGAGAUGGAAGAAUACUACAAAUGCCUCAUCUUCAGAAAAAUGUAAGAAAAAGCCAAACUGCACAAAGGAGAUUUUAAAAUGUUUAUUUGUAUACUGUAAACCUUGUAUUGACAUCUAUAAAGGUUGUUAAACCAUUUA